AUGGCGGCGCACAAAGGGGCAGCGGUGACAGAGCUGAGGGUGUUCCUGUUCCCGGUAACGGGAAAUGACCCGGAGCGGCACCGGCACUGCCUCAACGCCACAGCGGCGGUAGAGACGAACAAGGCCGCCAUCAUGGCGGACGCCACCAACGAGGCCUCAGCGGCGGCGGCGGCGCUAUCGGAGCUCACGGCGCUGCUCUCCCCGUCCUCCCCCGCCGCUCCCCAAGCAGCCGAAGCCGCUCUGGCUCUGUCCGGUAGCGACUCGGGCCGGGCGUUGCUGGCGGGACACCCCGCGGCUUUAUCCGCCUUGGCCGCCAUGGCCGCUUCGGCCUCCAGCGGAGCCCACACGGCUUUGGCCGCGCUGGUGAACGCGUCCGCCGAACCGGCGGCGCUGGAACCGCUUCUCGCCGCUUUUCCAACGCUGCUGCCGCUUUUACCGAGCUCCGGAGCGGUUUGCGGGAUCGCGGCCAACCUGAGCCGGGAUGAGCGGGCGGCGCCGCGGGUGUUGAAGGCGAUGGGAGCCGGGGCGGAGGCGCUGCUGAGGGCGCUGAGCGCGGAGCGGCCGCCGGAGGAGCUCGGAGCGCUGCUCUGCAACCUCAGCCAGGCCAGAGAGGGACGGCGGCUGCUGCUGGAGCGCUCCGGGGCGCUGAGCGCGGCGCGACCCCCGGCGGAGCUCGGAGCGCUGCUCUGUAACCUCAGCCAGGCCAGAGAGGGACGGCGGCUGCUGCUGGAGCGCUCCGGGUGAGGGGAAAAUGGGGUGAA